GACUUUUCCGUCGCUGAUAAGAUCGGUUUAUUGCUCCUGCUACUGCUGCCAUAACAUAACAAAAGUGCCGUCACUUAUCGCCGGCAGGAUUAUCUACGUCUACGUCUACAUCUACAUCUACAUCAACAUCAACACUACACCCACCACACAGUACACAAGUGUGUACCCUCCCACCCAACAAAAUGGGUGUAACGCACCUUCUCCUCCUCCCCGCCCUCCUCUGGGCCGGGAGCACCACCGCCACCCCGAAUCCAAUCUCAAUCACCAACCCCAGCAUCACCAGCGAAACCACCCCCUAUGCCAACCACGUCUUCAACAGCAUCCACUCGUCCAUGCGCCAAUGGGGCUCUUCCCUCCAACACAACGGCAUGACCUUCUACCUGGCUAGUGUCCCCGCCGGCACGCAGUUCUACCACGGCACGUCGCACGCCGACGCGAUCAACGGGACGGAGUGGCUGGCGUUCGAGCCGGAGCACGCGAUGGUCUUUGCGCGGCCGCAUCGCGGACCGAGGCGCGACAAGGACGACGAGAAGGAGAAGGAUGGCGACCAGGGGGAUGAUAAGAAGGGACUGCGCGCGCGCGAAGAAGAAGAAGAUGAAGAAGAACAACCUCUCCAGUCCGGAUGGCUGCACACGUACACGGCGGCGAAGGAACUCCGACUGCUGUACGUGGACGGGAUGGCGGCGGGGAAGACGCCGAACGGGACGCUGGACGUGGAGGACCGGAUUCUGUUCCGGGAUGGGCUGACGGACGGGAACAUGAUGGGGGAGCGGGAGCGGGCGACGCACUUCUGCCAGAUGGCUCGCGAGGAGUGGGAUGGUCGGCUGGAUGGGCUGCUGCGGAUGGAGGCCGGGUUCGAGGUCAUUCUGUGUGAUUUUGGCCGCGAUCUGAAUGAGGAGCGAGUGACGAUGACGAAGCCGAGCGAGCCGUUUGCGGGGCCCGGCGGAGGGAAGAAGAACAAGAACGGCAAGGAUGGCGAUUCCGCCCUGUGGUUGAAGGCCAUCGCCGCCCGGUAUGAUGGCAUCGGGGGUGGCCGCGUGCAGCUGAACUACGACCACUUCGUGUCGGCGUAUACCUAUGGCCUGGAUCUGUUCCAGAAUGCCAACGGGACGGAGAAGUACACGCUGCCGCGGCUGACGCAGUUCGCGGCCGAGGAGCUGGAGGGGAUGAGGGCGGACUUGGUGUCGUUGAUCCGCGAGCAUGAGGCCAAGGAGGCGGUGUUCAACUGGCAGGCCGUCGCGGAUAUGGUGGUGGAGCGGUACGCGAAGGAGAUCCGGUAUCUGGCGUCCGGGCAGCUGUCCGAGCAGGCGUUCCGCGCGGAGGUCGACACGGCGCUGGCCCCCUUUGUGGAUUAUGGGGAGCGCGAUGCCGCCCAGGAGACGGAGCGCUGCGCGAUGCAGUUCAUCGCCCGCGGUCGGUUGACCGACCGCAGCACGGCCGCGAAUGCCGUGCACUCCGUCACGCGUAGUAUCUGCGCGACGCUGGUGGCGGCAUCCCAGGAGCUGGACCAUCCCACGGCCGUGGCCUACUUUGCCCAGCUGAUGGAGUACCUCGCCUGGUCCACCUGGAAGCAGUGCAGCGGCUGUGCCGACCACGAGAUCUGCGUCGUCCCCAUCUGGCCCAUGGGCACUGUCGAGGACUACAACCACCCGCAGUGUCGCGAUGCCCUGCAUCCCGGCAGCGAUGGCGAGAAGUACUGGGGUGGUUGGGGCCCGGGAGGUCGCAAGCCCCCGGGGGGUGACGACGAGCCCUCUUCGUCUGGAUGGGGCCCGUCGCUGGUCUCGUUCCUGCGGGCCUUUUUCGGCGCCAUGCUGGGGAUGAACUUUUAGAAAGGGCGUCUAGUAUCUUGCAACAAUUCAAUUUCUUCCUUAUUCUUUUUUUCUCUCUCUUUUUCUUUUUUCUUUUUCUUUCUUUCUUUUUCUUUUUUUGUUCAUACCGGUACUUCCGACGGCACUUGCGUUCGGGCCCUAAAUACUCCGCUCAGGGGCAAGCCGAGAAAAGCAAACCCA